UCUGUUCUUUUCAAAACAAAAAACCAAAACCCUUCUGUGGAAAAACGUAAAACCAGGCGCGCCCCGCAGGAAUUGCGGUCAGGAGAACCUCAUCCCUCUCGCCUUCAGGUUCUACUCGCCCUCUCCCCACCCGCAGCGCCUCCUCCCAUUCCCCCAACGGACAUUGCCUAGGAGGCUAGGACAGAACCACCCAGAGCGCACAACCUUACCCGAAUCGCCGUUGCAUGGAGGCCGUGCGCGCGUCGGCGGCGUGGGUCGCCAGUCGCUCCUCCCAUGUCACGGUCGACCUUCAAGAAAUUGAGAAGGUAGUGGACCAAAUCCAAGGAGAUGUUCCAAAAGUUGAGUGGGAUUACGAAGGAAUUCACUACUUUGACAAUGGGCCACUCACAGUCCAGUACCUGUUCGUCUUGGAUGCACUAAACUUCUGCUUCUGGCCAGAUAAGGACUUGAGCUAUGACCAUUUGGCUUCUGGACUGAAGUCAGCCUUGGAGAAAGACAAAAAUGCCCUUGAUUCAGAUCGUCUCCAGAAUUACACUGGGCCCCAGCUCCGCCAACUUCUGAACUGGCCACGACCACUGCCAAUUGAGGAGGAAAGAGUACGCCUUCUCCACGAGGUUGGGCAGGAACUUAAAAGAAGCUUUGGAGGUCAGGCUGCUAAUCUAGUGAAGUCUGCUGGAAACUCUGCUGCGACUCUUAUUGAACUGAUUACUCGACAUUUUCCUGGUUUCCGGGACCAUUCACUCUACAAGGGGCACCAGGUUUUCCUGUACAAGAGAGCCCAGAUCUUUGUUGCUGAUUUGUGGGGCGCCUUCAAGGGACAAAACUAUGGCGAGUUCCACGAUAUCAAUUCCAUCACCAUAUUUGCUGACUACAUUGUUCCAGCGGUCCUGAGGGAGCUUGGAGUACUUAAAUAUGGCUCGAAUCUAUCUUGCUCCAUCGACUCGAACAGUGAGAUAGUGCCUGGAAGCGAGGAGGAAGUGGAGAUACGCGCGUGCUCCAUCUAUGCAGUGGAGAAGAUGAGGGACCUGAUCAGUAAGAAGUUUGGAAAGCAGCUUCUGAGCAUCGACAUUGAUCUCUGGCUCUGGUCCUGCGGCGUGCAGAACAUGGCGCUGUCACAUCACCGCACCCUGUCGAUUUACUACUAGACAGGGCAGUGGCGGAGGACGGAUAAAAAUUUUGGUAUGGCUUGAGCUAUACCUAGCCACAAUGGACCCUCCGCCCCUGAGACAGGCAGUCAGUCAGGAAGCUGACCCUGCUGGUGCGCUCGUUCAGCUGGCCGGGCGUUGUCGUCGCUUGUUCGUCCUAACCAUAACGGUGCAUGUAGGUGUCGAGAGUUUUGUCUCCUUGGGAAUGCACACAGGUGCAAGGUAUUGUAGGCCCGUCCCAUGAGGAUGCAUGGGGUUGGUAGUACAACAUUUUUUUUUGUGAUUUAGAGACUUGAACUGCUGCAGUUUUCACAUGAAUGUUAUCCCUAAGGACAAGGCGGGAGAGCGAGUGUUUCUCUAUCUCCAGAACUGAUCGCGGCGUUUAUUUUCUGUUUCCA